UCUAUCCCUCGUGUCAGCCUGCCAGCAUUGUGGACACUGCCUUUGGAUAAUAUCGGGUCAUAGUACGUACGUUCGAGCAUACAUACUCGGUCUGUGUAUGUACAGUAGUGUUUACUCUUUGGAUCACCCAUAACACUCGAUCGGGUUGGCAGGCAAUCCGAAGGUAGUCCGAGCCUUCUCACUUCCGACUUUGAUAGGAAGCUCAACGGGCACAAGUCAUGACGGAAAAUCUGGGGAAAUUGCCCAAACGAGGCAUCUUGAAGCCUUCCACGAGUUUCGAGCAACGUGAUCUGGAACCCCGUCAUUCGGAUAAAAAUCCGCACUUCGAUGAGCAAAACAUCCUGGAGACCCUGCAUCCGGCGACCAAGGAUUAUGGUUUCAUGAAGAUCGAUGAGCCCAAAACGCCCUAUGAAUACGCCACGGACAAUGCGGACGGGGAGGAGGAAGCGGGGGAACAAGAGGAAGAGGGCGCGGCUGGAUCGGUGGCCAAAGCCGAUGAAUUGGAUGCUCAAGAUUUGGCCGACAGGAUCGCUGCGGCUGACGUGAGCAAAAGACCGCGACGUCUUUCAGAACCUAGUGGGGACGAAGAAGAUCUCAAACUUUUAUCACCAGAAGAGCGGAAGAACCGCGAAAAGUUCGAACAGAAGCGGAAAGCACACUACAACGAGUUUUACGCCGUCAAGAUGGCCAGACAACUCAUGGAGGAGGAAGGCGAGGAGGAGGACACUAGCAAAAGUGACGAAAAGGAUCCGGAGAGUCAAGAAGACCAAGCACCUGAAGACGAAGAAUCAACCAUGGACACGGUGGCGGAGACUACAGGCGGAGAUGAGUCGCUUAUCAAGCCUGCAAGCGAGUCCUCCUAAGUCACAUUGAUUGACAAGUUGAGGUACAAAUUUUCUUCGUUUCUCCUUCUUCAAGUCUUCAUUGCUAACGUGUGAUAUACUAUUAUUAUGAGAAAGAAAACGCAAAAUUU